GCAAAAUGGGCAGCAAUAUUCCAGAGCUCACGGUGGGCUCAAGCGGGAAGACGAUCCCACUUGUGGGCUUCGGCACAGCCGAGUUUCCCCUUGGCGCCUCCCCUGGAAUCAUGAAGGAAUCUAUUCUUCAUGCAAUGAAACUGGGACACCGACACUUUGAUUCGGCUGCUAUUUACCAGUCGGAGCAGAUUAUCGGAGAAGCCAUAGAUGAUGCUUUGCGCCUUGGGCUCAUCAGAUCCAGGGACGAACUCUUUAUCACUUCCAAGCUUUGGUGCAGCAACGCACACCGCCAUCUUGUCCUCCCUGCGCUACGCCAAACACUCAACAAUCUGAAGUCGGAGUACGUUGAUCUUUAUCUGAUUCACUGGCCAAUAAGCAUGAAGCCAGGGGAAUUUGAGCUGCCGAUUAAGAAGGAGGAUCUCCUUCCCUUGGAUUACAAGUCUGUGUGGGAAGCUAUGGAGGAGUGUCAAAAUCUUGGCCUGGCCAAAUUCAUUGGUGUAAGCAAUUUCUCUUGCAAAAAGCUCGAAACCUUACUUGCCACGGCAAAGAUCCCUCCAGCCGUCAAUCAAGUGGAGAUGAACCCACUUUGGCAACAGAAGAAGCUGAGAGAGUUUUGUGAGAAGAAGGGUAUACAUAUCACUGCUUACUCUCCCUUGGGAGCCAAAGGAACAUCGUGGGGAACCAACUGGGUAAUGGACUCUCAGGUGCUCAAAGAUAUUGCUAUUGCUAAAGGAAAAACUUCUGCCCAGAUCUGUAUAAGAUGGGUGUAUGAGCAAGGGGUGAGUGUGCUUGUGAAGAGCUUUAACAAGCAAAGGAUUGAAGAAAACCUUGACAUAUUUGAGUGGAGCCUAAGCCCUGAGGAGUCUGAGAAGAUAAGCCAAAUUCCACAACGUAAAGGAUGUCUUGCAGAUAUUUUCAUCUCUGAUGAAUCCCCUUUCAAGUCCCGUUUUGAGUUCUGGGAUGAAGAGGUUUAGAAUUUCAUACCUCUUCUCGUUAUUUCAUUUUUAUCUCUAUUCGUAAAAGUAUUUUGAUGUGACAUAAAAAUAAAAAUGGUUUUAAGUAUUUAUGUUUUAUAGUAUUUGUUAA